ACGCCCCCGGAUUUGUUGUGCUGACUGUGUCAGUGCAAAGAGCCCAGAAUUCGUUGAGAUCCAGCGACAUGGCUGCUAGAUAUCUCGUGUAUGCGUGUCUCCUGUGUUAUUUGGGAGUCGUAAGCAGCCAAGACGAAACCUGCCCUGAAAGUACGAGUACAAGGAAUGUGGCUCUCCCUGUGCACUGACAUGUGACAACUACCAAAACCCUCCAUUCUGCACUGCUGUCUGUCAAUCUGGCUGCUUCUGUCCCAGUGGAACAGUGGAACACAACAGUCAGUGUAUCUCUACUGAGGAUUGUCCUACAACCACCACCCCAAGCUGCCCUAACACCUACGAGUACAAGGAGUGUGGUUCACCGUGUGCUAAGACAUGCGAAAACUAUCAAAAUCCGCCCUUGUGUACCUCAGUCUGUCAAUCUGGCUGCUUCUGUCCCGACGGAACAGUUGAACAUGAAGAAACUUGCAUCUCUACUGAGGAUUGUCCUACAACCACCACCCUCUGUCAAUCUGGCUGCUUCUGUCCCGACGGAACAGUUGAACAUGAAGAAACUUGCAUCUCUACUGAGGAUUGUCCUACAACCACUACCAACAUGCGAAAACUAUCAAAAUCCGCCGUUCUGUACCUCAGUCUGUCAAUCUGGCUGCUUCUGUCCCGACGGAACAGUUGAACAUGAAGAAACUUGCAUCUCUACUGAUGAAUGCCCUACCAAUCCACAAAGCUGUCCUGAUACUUAUGAGUACGAGGAGUGUGGUUCGCCGUGUACCAAGACCUGCAACAACUAUGAUGAAGUCUCCGUGUGUGCUACAGUCUGUCUCUCUGGCUGCUUUUGCCCCGAGGGAACGGUGGAACACGAAGGAAAGUGCGUGGCGGUGGAGGAGUGUCCUGGGACUUGCAGCGGAGGGAAGGAAAGGAGGGAGUGUGGGACCGCGUGUCCUCUCACGUGCGACAACUACCAGGAGCCGCCGUUCUGCACGCGACAGUGUGUCCGCGGGUGCUUCUGCCCCGAGGGGAAGGUGGAUCUCAACGGAGUGUGCGUUGACAACACAACCUGUGCAGCGGACUUUGAGUAUGCAAUGUGCAAAGACCCCAUUGCCGUUCCAUGUUCUGGUGGUUCUGGGGAGCCCCAUUUUUCUCCUUGUCCUGAGGACUAUCGCUGUGUGACUCACAACACAACUAACAUUCGCUACUGUCUCCAGUCCUGCUACCUGGAGAACGGAGGGUGUCCUCCUGAGCAGGUCUGCUACUACGAGAGGAAAGAUGAGGACUGCAACCAACUCCUGGAGCCUUGCUUCAAGACAGCAUGCACCGAUGUCCCUGGGACACGGCUGGCCUGCCCUGAGAUAUGUGGGCCACCUGACUGCGUGUGUCCUCAGGGAUUAGUAGUGUUCAGAGACCGCUGCGUGGAUCCUCUGGAGUGCUUCUCCCUCCUCACAAAUGAACCGGAUCUAAAUCCCUUACCAGUGCCAUCAGACUCAGUGUUGUUGCUGGUGACACUGGUCAACAUAAACAGAGGAGAUGUCAAUGGAAAUCAGUUUGCCGAUGACGUGGAGAAACUAGUCAAGCAACUCGGCUUUGAAGAUGUGUCCGUGUCGCUCUUUGCAACACUGGAGACAGAGGAUGGCUCUGCUGUCGUUGUGCUCCGAUUUGAAGGAGGUUCAGUAGCCAGAGAGGGAUCUCCUGAGCGUCUGGUGGGCAUCAUGAUGGACAAUCCGUCAGAGUUGAACCACGACGUUGCUGCAGUCCGCUCUGUUGGUGAAGAGAGACCUGAGCCAAAUGAGAGCAGUGACAGCGACACUGAUAGCUCCCUGUCUGGUGGAGCAAUUGCCGGGGUGGUGACUGUGGCCGCUGUAGCCUCCGUGAUGGUUGUUGCUGUGGCCCUUGCUGCAGUGGUCUAUCUGGUCUCUAAGACCCGUACAUCCGUAACCCCUGGACACAGCAAAGCGAAGGAGGUUGGUCUGGAGACGCUGCCCUAUGGGAAGCUGUCCACUAAAGAAGAGCUGACGUAA